AUGGCCUCCCAACGGCGCGUUCGGUUAACGAUGAUCGCCGUCGUCGUGAUCAUCUUCAUGUUCUUCUAUUACUCGGGUGAAGCCAGCAAGAUCCAAAACCAAGAAUUCUACCAAUCAACCCUAAAAGCCAUGCGAGCGAAGGAAGCCGCCAAGAAAGAAACGCCGCAACAGCCCAUAGUCCGACCUGGCGAGAAUGCCCAGGGCGCACCGGCGGGUAGCGCCAAUAUCGAGAGGCCGGCUGUGCCGGCGGCAAAGGAUAAGGUUGUCGCUGGGACGCCGGAGAUGGAGGAUAUUCCGAUCGCGGGGCGGACGAAGAUGACUGUCCCGAAGAAUAAGGAUCAGGGUGUACAGGAUUCAUCGCGGGGGUCUGAGAAGACCGAAGAGGAGGUGGUUGAUCAUACGGAGGCGAAAAGUGAGCUUAAUGAUAUUCUUAAGCGGGCUCCUGUGAUCAUCUUCUCCAAAUCUUACUGCCCCUACAGCAAACGAGCGAAGCACAUCCUCCUCGACCGAUACUCCAUUUCCCCGAAGCCGUUCGUUGUUGAGCUGGACCAACACCCCAUUGGACCGGGCUUGCAGGAUCUCCUGGCGCAAAACACGGGUCGCCGCACCGUCCCGAAUGUUCUGGUCAAUGGAAAGAGUAUCGGUGGCGGCGACGACAUUGCUGCUCUGGAUCAAAGCGACGAGCUGGCAUCGACGCUGCGACAGAUGGGCGGCAAGUGGAUUUCCGACAUCAAGGCAGUGCCAGUGGCAGCUGAGGCGGCGCUUUAA